UGUGCAAAUGCACUCAAGAAAGCCCUGGGUAUCCAUCGGCUACUCGUACACUCCUUGCGGAGUUCUCUGCGCCUGCCCAACUGAAUACGAAGGUUGUGCCGUCGGUGUGAUUCUAUAAAGAAUAUCGGUUGUACUACUCAUCCUGAGUUAAUACUAGGGCCAUCACUUUGCCACCCGCUUCUUGUGUUGGGGGGCGGAUGCAGCCAAUGCUGUCAGCAGCGGUCGCAACGCGCUCGGCAGCCUAGUCGUGGAUUUUGGCGUUCAUUCUCCAACUUCCUCUGACGAGCACAUCGACACCUCCUCCACCUCGCCCUACACGACUUCUUCGUCCGACUAUGAUCGUCCCGGCAACGGUGCUCGCCGCCGCAGUUGGGAAGAGGAAACGAGGCACCGGGUCGUCUCGUAACCAGCAGCGGCAGGCGAAGCGUGUGGCCCGUCGAGAACGGAACCAGGCUGCCGCGAAGAAGCGCAAGACGUCGUCGGGGGCUGUCACCACGAAGCGCACGCCGAAGACAACACCGCGCAAGCGCAAGACCCCGGUGAAGCCCAAGCCGACGUGGACGUUCACGACUGUCAAGAUGAAGCUGCGGACGUUCUGCAAGGACGAGGGUGUAGCGCUCGCUUGGGACUCGGUGCUGAGGGACAUGAACAAGAUGGUGGCGGAGGCUUACGUGCUGGCCGCCGUCCACGUGGUUCGCUGCUGUGAGCAAGGUUUCGACAUCCCCAUCUUGGCGCGUUCCUUCUACCAGCAGUGCUUGUCGGCCGUGAGUGGGGGGAACCUGCACGAUCGACGGACGACCAUGACUGAAGAGUUCCGCGACUCGGUGGCGAUCUACAGCGCGUGGCAAGGCGAGAGCCUGAUCCCCAACAGGGACGCCAUCAAUCGUGGUUGGGCACAGGUGGCAGCCGAGCGCAUGGCCCAUGAAACCCAGAACCAUCUCCAGCUCAACUUUUACCGGCGCUUCAAACAAUACAUUACGCUCCGCUACGGGCUGGCUGGCCGCGAUCGCUACCUUGUGCUCAAGGGUAUCCUCGACCCCGAGUACGACGGAGACAACGAGAUCGUGCUGGAGUACAGAGAAUUGAUCCCCCGCAAUGAUGAAGGAGCGAGCUAGCGAGCUACUCCCGCUUGUGCACAUGUUCCUCACUUUCGUGAAGGACCACAACCGCGAGCACGAAGGAGAACCGGGCUUCGAGAUGGCAAGGACGUACUCGCUACUACCAACGAAACGGGGCUUCGUCUGCUCUCACUUCACCAUGUCCUCUCGCGGCUUGCGGGCGAUGCUGGUUCGAAGUGGAUAUGAUGUUCCGGAAGAGGGUAGCGACUGGAACGCUGUCGCGGACAGCAUGUGGCGGCGGCUCUUCAACACGAACCUUGUCGAGACGUCCAAGCCGGACGGGUCUCCAAGUCGCUUCUUCGCAGGUGAGAUCACGACGGACGGCAAGUCCGUCAGCAUCACCGUCAAGAAACCCGUUCGAGGACGACAGGAGCUGCAGAUGUCUCCUGAGACCGCUGAAUUCUUCUCGACACGGUGGGGGCUUGAUCCUGGUCGCCGCGACAUUGUUCGUCGCCACGAACAACCACGGCGAGACCAUUCGCUGCUCCUCGAAGGAGUUCUUCCAUGCCGCCACAUACACUCAAAGCAACAAGACUAUCCGGCACUGGUACGACUACGCCGACGAAGAAGUCUCGGAGGCCAACCGCCUCGUUCCGACGAAGAAGACGUGCUCGCUGGAGAGGCUCGAGGCCUACGUGCGCUACGUGGUGCCUCGCUUCGACAUGUUGCUGGCGUUCACGAUGAGGAAGAAGUUCCGGGACCUGAGGUUCCGACGUUACUGCCAGUCGCGCAAGAAGCUGCACGAGUUGUGUACGCGGUUCGUCGCUGGCCGCGACCCGGCCAGGACGAUCGUCGGCUUUGGGGACUGGAGCUGCUCCGACUUUGGCGGCGUGAUCAAGAAGUCUCCGGGCGGCCCCACCAAGCGGUUCAUGCGCGAGCUCUCGUAGUACUGCCGGGUGGAGCUGGAGUCCGAGUACCGCACCAGCAAGGUGCACCACGGCUGCAGGCAGGCGCACCCCGGCGACCUCGUGAC